AUGUCUAAUGGCACUUUAUUUGUCCGCGACUCGCGAACUAACAAGAGUUACGAGAUUCCGAUUCACCGCAACGCAAUACGUGCCACUGAUCUAGGCAAAGUCACGGCGCAUUCGAUUGACAGCGAUCGCGCUAACCAACUGGCUCACGGAUUGCGCAUCUACGAUCCCGGAUUACAAAAUACGGCAGUCACAGAAUCAUCUAUCAGUUUUUCUGAUCACGAACAAGGCCUGCUUCUUUAUCGUGGCUACACCUUGGAGCAGCUAUGGGGCGCAGACUUCGAACAAAUGUUUCAUUUGUUGGUUUGGGGGACAUUUCCAACUGAACCUCAGCGUUCAAGGCUGCAGCUGCAGAUAGCACGGUAUAUGCAAGAGAUUCCCGAUCUUGUCUACAAGACUAUACUCAGUUUUCCAACCCAAACUAGCCCACUUCCAAUGAUCAUGGCCGGACUGUCGGCCUAUCUUGCAUGCGUGCCAGAUUUCAUUCCGGCUCAUCACGAGGCAACAGUGUACCAAACAAACACUAAAUUUGCCGAUGAAGCCAUUCUCAAGUCAAUCGCAGCUUACGGUGUAAUAUUUGCCAUUGUACGCUGCCACAGACUAGGCUUGGCAACUGAAGUUCCUUCUAUGGAUUUGCCCUACUACGACAAUAUAUUCAGAAUGGCAGGACUCAUCAACACAAUCACAACCGAGAGGGAUCAAAUCCGGCUUUCCUGCUUCCGAAGCUUUGGAAACCUCAACGCGGAGCAUGGAAUGGCGCUUUUAGUCUUUUCAACGCUAGUCACGGCCUCUUCACUGACCGACCCGAUCUCUUGCUUGCUCUCAGCGGUGGCAGCCGCCCACGGUCCUUUACAUUUUGGCGCUACUGAAUCUGCUCAGCGUACGCUUCAAGCAAUAAAAGAGCCAGAAAAUGUCCCAGCUUUCAUCGGUGAGGUGAAAGAAGGUAAACGGAAGUUAUUCGGCUACGGUCAUCGGACCUAUAAGGGCAUGGACCCGCGCGUCCAUUCCAUUCGGACUAUUCUGAAAGACCUUACCUAUGUGGAACAGCCGCUACUGAAAGUCGCAGAGGCUAUCGAAAGGACAGCUGAAAAAGAUGAGUAUUUUCUAUCUCGCGGCUUGUAUCCGAAUGCCGACUUCUAUGGCAAUUUUGUGUUUACUGGGAUUGGCUUUGAGAUUGAUAUUAUUCCGGCCGCAAUGCUUGUUCAUCGCAUUAUCGGUAUCAUGGCGCAUUGGAGAGAAUAUACCACCGAUAUCAUUACAUCUGCCGAGAGAGGUCUUUACAUGGGAUUCACGUCUCUGGGAAAUAUUCUCGCGCCAUCCGUUGGGCCAAUCCUCGGAGGUGCCUUGAACACAUAUCUGGGAUGGCAGGCAAUCUUUUGGUUCCUAACCAUCGCGGCUGGAGUUCUUUUCGUACCUUUCUUGCUGUUCUUCCCAGAGACGUGUCGUACGAUUGUGGGCAAUGGGUCAUUUCCUGCCGUCGGCUGGAAUAGAUCGCUAUGGAACUGCACACGAAGGCCUAUCACAGCCCCCCCUGUCUCCAUGUUCCCGAGACACAUUGGCCAUGCACACAGCCCGUGGUCCGCUUUGUGUCUGCUUGUUCACAGACCAGUGGGGCUAAUUAUCCUGUCAAACGGUGUCGUUUUUGCGAGCUAUUAUGCUGUCACGGCGGGCAUGCCUGUACAAUUCGAGAAAAUGUACAAUCUCGACGGUUUGCAAAUAGGACUCUGCUUCAUCCCCGCAGGCCUGGGCUCCCUUCUCAGUGCUACUACCAACGGAGUGUUAGUUGACUGGAACUACCGGCGAACCCGCUGUCAAGCCGGCUUAACGGUACACAAGAACCAGAAAGAGGACAUGCUCGGCUUUCCAAUCGAACAAGCCAGGUUGCAGAUUGGCUUACCAAUGACGAUACUCGCAUCGGUGUUCAUUGUGGCGUAUGGGGUACUACUACCUUUGAACCCACCUCUUUCGAUUUCCCUGUCGAUAAUCUUUGCAAUUUGCUAUUGUAUCACCGCUGCGUACAGUGUCAUGAAUGCACUCAUCGUGGAUCUGUACUACGACCGACCAGCCACCGUCAUGGCUGCUAAUAACUUUGUCCGAUGCUUUCUUGGCGCUGGCGCAGCAGCCGCUGUCGACCCUUUGACUCGUGCAAUUGGCAUAAAAUGGACGUACUGUAUUGUCUCGUUGACUGUGUUACUUGUCACGCCUCUUCUUUGUCUGGUCUCAUCUACUCCCAAAAAGCAGAAUACUGGAUCUCAGGUAUCCCGGGGGCAAAUGGAUGGAGCCGGGCAUGACAUUGGACAUUCGAGGUACGAUAUCCGAUUCAUGAGUCAGUUCCACUAUGUUGACAGCGACAAAGAAACCACGGUGAUUCCCGAAAUUAGCGGGAAGGAUUUCGACUUCAAGCAGAAAUACCUGGUCUUGUUCGUUGACCUUGACGUUAUCGUCCCUGGAACACGAAAAGAGACAGUCGUCUUACACUGGUAUCAAGCGAAUCUCUCUAAACGCUCCAAAAAGCACCAUCUCUCCCAACUGGUUCCUGACAAAGACCACGAGGACUACCCGGAAAUUGAAGCCACCUACAUUCCCCCUCGUGCACCACCAACUACACACCACCGUUACGUCUACUUUCUGUUCGAGCAACCAUCACCCUAUCGCUUCCCACAUUGCUUUGCACAUAUCUUCCCACCUACUAUGAAGGCCCGUGCAGGCUUUGAUGUUGCAAAUUUUAUGCAAGCUGCCAAUCUUGGUUUCCCGCUUGCGAUAAACUAUUUCGUUGGAUGGAAUGAGCCUACAGAUGGGGACGCUUCUUCAGCAGUGCCGAGUGCAACAACAUCCUUUCGUGCUUUGGAUUGUUCGAAGGCCUUAUUCGCCACUUUGAGCUUAGUGGCAUGA